CUAAUUCGCAGGGACCAUAGUUCCUCCGCAAAGUUUUCGACACCCGGCCGAGAUUAGAUAUUUUGCACAAGCUCUUCGUAGAUAUUGUAUCGGGAACGCCAAUCAGUCCUUACAACAAAGGAAAACUGAAUGGAAUUAGUCGAAAAACUGCAGAGAAGACAUUAUUAAAGUUGUUCAGCUAAAAUUGAAACUAACCCGUCGAGGAUUUCAUGCUUGUCCACGGCAGUAACCACUUUCGCCAUCCAGCUAACUUCCCAUAAGAUCGUCUCCAUACUCCACCUGUAAGUGCAUGCAAGGACGCAUUGUCAGCCGUGCUCAACUUGAAACUAGAAGCAGUCAACAACGCAAAAGUGAAGAACCAACAAUUCCGCCGGCCCCGACAUAUCCCAGGACAAUCGCCAGCCCCUCUAGUACUCCACUUUGCACCGACACUUCACUGCAGUACUGACGCAACUGUCAAUUCGUCAUGACAGGAUUUUUCGCCGCAGUGGAAAUUGUGAAUUUCUAUGUGAUUGGGAGAAAUCGAAGUUGUCGCUCCGUGAGUUUUUUCAUAUCCGUACAGAAUACCUCGUAAUCUGUAGGAGCAGGUGUUUCAGGUGAAGGAAUACGCGUCGCGCGAACGACAAGUGUCGCUAGGUUCGGGAGCGGGCGUAAUAAUUGCAUGAAGUCUUGUGUAUCGCCUGCAAUAAUGUUGCAAUGGCAGUGUAUUUAAGUGAAGAGAAAGCGGUUCAGCAUUUCGGCGAUUACGUUUCGUCCAAAAACCAAGUGGAUUUCAAGAUUAUCAGUUCCAAGUUGUACAAAAACCCGCUGACCGCAGAGGAGUUUUUGAACAGUCUAAAGAGCGGUCCUGGUCCUGUCGCGAUCGAGUUAGUGUCGGGUCGUGGAAGCAGUCGCAGUGGGGCUUCGUGCAGCAAGGAAGGUUUCGCUCAGCUUGCAGCCGCCGCAGCUGGCCAGGUUGACUCCUUGACGACAAGGGAGGACUGUUCGCAUCGUUGUCACCGCGACCCGUUGCCAACUGUCUCGUUCGUCGUUACAGAAAACAUGUCAUCCUCAACGGAUGACAGUGACGAGCUUCUCGAUCCGCUCUCCGAGGAAUUGCGGAACAUCCAGUCUGUGAUCCAUGUAACCCGGGAAAAUAUAGACGCAUUAAAUGCCAAGUUCGCGAACCUGCAGGAGCCUCCUCCAAUGUACAUAACCGAGUAUCAGGAACUCACUUCAAAACUGCAUGAGCUCGAGGCACAGGAGCAAGAACUCAUCGAAAAAAUCCAAGCGCAGACUGAAGAUGGCGAAGGGCAAGAGUCCUGUGAACAACCACACGAGGAGCACGUCGAUACGGAGAGCAAUUGCGGCACGAUUAUCAGACAACCGAAAUUAUUCCUUCGAGCACAUCUUCCUAACCAGCAACGAACGUCUGUACAGAAAACGCCAGGCGUUCGAUUAAGUGAUGCUCUUAUGAAAGCUUUACGACGUCGUAAUCUUAACUGUGAAAUGUGCGAAGUUAAAGCGCCAGACAGUGAUGUGCCCAUACCAUGGGAUACGGAUAUCAGUUUAAUACAAGCUGAAGAGGUUUAUGUGAAAGUGAAAGGAAAAUGUCCAAUCAUGACCCACACAUCACAUCAAUUCAUACGAAAAACAUUCUUUUCGCUAGCAUUUUGCGAAGGAUGCCGUCGACUGCUGUUUACCGGUUUCUAUUGUAAUCAAUGUAAUUUUCGUUUUCAUCAACGCUGUGCUGAUCAAGUGCCGACAUUAUGUCAACGUUUUCCGAUGGAUAAUUACUACCAGAUUCUGUUGGCUCAAAAUCCAGAGAACACUGUGGGAAUUUUACAUCCUGGAACAGGCGGUGCAUUAGGAUUUCAGUCUCGACAUCCGCAUUCCUUAAAUCAGCAUGACAGGUCGAAUUCGGCACCGAACGUGUGCAUUAAUAGCGUGAAGCCACUUUCCGAGCAUCAGCGAAUCCUGGCUCAGUCACGGGGCCCAUUGCAGGGCCCUCAUUUUUUCCAGGCACAGAAUAACGAGCACUCGCAUUCAACACAAGCAUCACCAACGAAUACGUUGAAACAUGUGAAAAGGCAGCGCGCCAAAUCGGCCGAUGAAAGUAAUAAAAAUCUUCUGUCUCCACGUGAUCCGAAAACUUCCGAUGAAAAUUGGAAUAUUCAAGCUGAAGAGAUUUUAAUAGGACCCCGAAUAGGUUCCGGGUCAUUUGGUACUGUAUAUAGAGCUCAUUGGCACGGCCCCGUGGCAGUGAAAACGCUCAACGUAAAAACACCGAGUCCCGCUCAAUUGCAAGCAUUCAAGAACGAAGUAGCUAUGUUGAAGAAGACCCGACACUGUAAUAUUUUGCUGUUCAUGGGUUGUGUUAGCAAACCGUCGCUAGCGAUUGUUACGCAGUGGUGUGAAGGGAGCAGCUUAUAUAAACACAUUCACGUGAACGAGACAAAGUUCAAGAUCAACACGGUGAUAGAUAUCAGCCGGCAAGUGGCUCAAGGGAUGGACUAUCUGCAUGCCAAAAAUAUUAUCCACAGGGAUCUCAAGUCCAACAAUAUUUUCCUUCACGAAGACUUGUCUGUGAAAAUUGGUGAUUUCGGCCUGGCAACAGCCAAAACCAAAUGGUCGGGAGAGAAGCAAACUCAGAAACCAUCCGGGAGCAUACUUUGGAUGGCGCCGGAAGUUAUUCGUAUGCAAGGUCCCAAUCCUGUGACGUUUGCUAGUGAUGUAUAUUCUUUUGGAAUUGUACUCUAUGAAUUACUCGCUGAAUGUUUGCCAUAUCGAGGCAUGGAAGAGCAGCAUCUGAUUCUCUGGAUGGUUGGCUGUGGUAAAUUGAGACCUGACAUGUCGUUGGUUCGAAAGGAUUCACCGCAAAGUCUGAAUCGUCUAAUGGAGGAUUGCAUAAAAUUUGAACCAAACGAGAGACCAGUAUUUCGUCUUAUCCUGAACAUGUUGGAGAACAUGCUACGCACGCUGCCGAAGAUUCAUCGUAGUGCCAGUGAACCGAAUUUAACCCAGACUCAACUACAAAGUGAUGAUUUUCUUUAUAUGUGCUCGAGUCCUAAGACACCGGUUAAUUUUCAUAAUUUCCAAUUUUAUAAUGGGACAGGGAAUGUCUAGCGUUUUGACAACUAUCAGCAUUAUCAUCGUCGAGAGAGCAAUAUUGAUUAUGAUGCCUGUGCCAAUUUCGCCUGUGUAAGUUAUUUAUUGAAAGCCUUUGGUUAGUGUCAUCUUAGUUGGCUGCGAAAUAUUGUUUUCAUAUUUCUUUUUAUAUAUGCAUAUAUUUCAGAUUAGACUUGUUUAGCAUUAGUCAGUUAAGUAAUAAUAGUGAUUAACAGCUAGUUCGGAAAACUACAUCGGAAAGAUGGCAGCUCGUAGCUGAACGCGUUGCUUCAGGAAUUAUGGCGACAAAUCUUUUUCUGUUUUCAUGCAAAUCAAAAAUUGGAAUGAAUUGUUCCAAUGGGUUGCAAUUUUAGUUUUCAGCAAUAGAGGCUAAAUAAUACAAAUGCUGAGCUAUACGUAAAUAUAUAAAUUGCCGCUGAAUUUUAUUUGAACAACGCGGAGCUGCAGUGUAAAGGAAACCUCAUCAGAAGAGGUUAUCUCCUGUAGCAUUUAUACUGUAUACCUUUAUUCUACCUUGUUGCCAUUCGCUAAAAAAAUCAAAUCAAUCAUUACAUCAGUUUUGAAAGCAAUUUACCGCUUGUUCGUGAUCAAACAGACAUUCAAGGGAUUCAGAGCGAUUUAGGAAAUUAGUUACUUUUGCUGAAUGAGAAUUACGUUAUCUUCGGUGUUGGGAGACUCUUGUUCCUUUUAAUUCGAAGUAUGGCUCAGAGUACGCAUCACCAUCUGAUUGGAAAGAGACCGCAACUAUACCGAUAUAAACGAAAUUGAUGAGAUGGUUGAGUUGGCCGAGUGUCAGCCUCUCGAUUUCGUUACUGCGGGUUCAGAACUCUGUUUGUCAUGUUUGCGUUCGCCUUUGUGCUGUCUUUAUGCUGUAACCUUUAUCACUAGCACAGCAUUCUUUUCUUCAGCCUUUGUCCCGUUCACAAGCGGGGUUGGCUCGUCGUGAUCGGCUUCGCCAUUUGGCUCUAUCGAAUGCCUGAUCUGGGUGCAAUCUCAAGGCUUUCAAAUCCCCAUC